AAAUAAAUGCAUUCUGUGAUAAAUUUUCAGACAGAACCUAAGGUUUACCAAUAAAUUCAAAAAUAGAUUAUCUUUAUUUUUAGCUUUCUAAUUCCAAUUAUGGUGAAUUAACUUUAUUGCUUUUGAAACUAUUUCCUAAUGCAAUAAACAUUUAUGAUUAUUUUUAUAGCCUUUUAAAAGAAGCUUUUUAUUUGUUAUUAUUUUUUUUAAAAUAUUAUCUUCUAUUUUAUAUAUAUUUUUUGUUUUUGCAAACUAUUUAAUAAUUAUUAUGAGGAAAAUAAUUUUAGAAUUCUUUAAGCUAAUCAAAAUCAUAAAUAAAGAAUUAUUAUUUUUUCAUAUAAAUAUCACCUAAUAAAAUACUCAACUUUUUUCUACCAAAGUUAUUAUUAUUUAUAAUAUUUUCAUCAUCAAGUUAUUAUUAUUACUAUGUUUACUAUUAUUACUUAUUAUUUCCCAAACUUUCUGUUCUAUUAAUUAAUUAUAAAUUUUUUUUUACUGAGCAAUUCGAUUAUCUUGGAUUUUUUGUUUAGUAUUAAGCUUCUUAAUUGCUUUCAUUAUAUUACAUCGAAUAUUUUUUAUUCAAUAAAUUCAUAAAAUUAAUAUUUGUAUUUCUGAAAAUCUAUAGAGAUGAAUAAGGUUUACUUUCCUGGCUUGAAACAGACUAUUUUUCGACUUUCAUUUAACAUUCUGAAUAAGAUUUUUUUCUUUCUUUAUUAACAUUAUUUUCAAGUUUUACAUUAAUAUCAAGGUUUGUAUUAUUUUCAAGAUGUAUGUUAUUUUAAAGAUUUGUUUUUAAAGACUUUUAUAUUUAUAUUUUACUAUCAUCAUUAGCAAAAACCAAAUUUUAAUUUUUUGAAUAAUCAUAACUUUUUAUUUUGAAAAUAUUCUUUUUUUAUUUUUAAGUUUUUAUAUCAGUAAUUUAAAAAUCAAAAGCAAUUUCAUUGAAAAUUUUUAUUUCGCUAGUUUUAAGAUUCGCCGUCUCUUCAUAAAUUUUACUACAUAAAGUAU